AUGGCGUUUGAAACAAGAGUUGGGGCUUUUGACUUCUCCAGGUCAAUGGUCGAUUAUCCGUGGCUGGACUACCCAGAAAGGACUAAAGAGCUCAGGAAAGCCAUGGCGCCAGUUCACCUACACUGUUCCCACUACCAGCCGAAAAUGGAAGAGUUCCCCCCAAGUCCUGAGCGCUGGCGGAAACUCCCCAACAUGCCUGGAGCGGUGCCUCACUGCUAUGCCCACACACAGGAGCGCUACAUCGAUUGGUACAAUAUGUACGCCAAGGACCAAAAGGCCAGCAAGAUGCUUUGGAAAAUGAGAGAUUACCCCAGAAAGUUGCCCGUCAUGAGAUACAGGCUCUCAGGAGCUGAGGAUUCCCUGAAGCAGAAAAGAUUAAAGGAACUCACCCAAAGCCUGACCUCACCCCUUGAGGAUGAGCAGUACUAUGCAGCCCAGGCUCUGGGGUGCCUGGGCAUCAGAGACCAGUUCAUCAUAGAGGCUCUGCUUUGGGCGGCCCACAUCGGCCCAGAGAGAGUGAAGUUCGAGUCAUGUCGAAGCCUGGCCAUCCUGGGUUGCCUGAAUGAGACUGUGGUCCACAUGCUCAUCAAGCAGCUCAAAGGGCAAAAUGAGUUGCGAAGGCUGGACACACUCAGAGGGUUACGCGUGGCACUCAACUUCUGGAGCGCUGUCCCCAAAGACAAGAGGCAACAAGUGUGGAAUGAAGACAAGCUGGUGUCUGUGCUACAGAAGUUGGUCAAGAAGCUUUCAGGCGAGGAAGCCUUGGAGGCCGGCUUGUGCCUGGGGUUCUUGAGGCCCUGCAGCAGCCGGGUGCGAGAGUUCCUGCUGGAGUGUCUACAGCAGGACCCCAAGACCAAGAUGAAGGCACUCCAGAUGCUGGUGCAGAGACUGAAGGUGAAGUCAGAAGUGGUCACCAGGGCCAUCCUAGACCAGAUGAACCAUUCUGCUGUCCUCAAGCACCGCAUCGAAGCUGCCCACAUGCUCAAGACAAUUGGGCUGGAACAGAUCCAGGCCCAGGGCCUAGAAAGACUCACAUUUAACAUGCUCUUGAAGAAGACACAUGAUGAACCAUUUCUGAUUAUGAGACAAACUGCAGCUGAAACAGCACAAGACUUAAAGAUGAGGCCAGCAAUGCUGAACUUGAUGGAGCCGCAACUGCAGAACAAAGACCCUGCUAUCCGCUUGGAAGCAAUCAUCUCUUUGGGUGUCCUGGGGAUCCGCAGUCAGCAUGUCUUCUACUUGCUUCUGGACCUGUUAGAUACGGAAACAAACCAAACCGUGAAGAAGCAUCUACAAGAAACAUUAAUUCUGUUGGCCUCCGUUGAUCCCUGGGUCCAAAACAAGCUGAAAAACAAGGUUUUCUUUGAACAUGACGUGACACCUAAGCCCAAAGUAUAUGGACAUCACAGGAGGCAAAAGAUCCUAGAUGAGACCAAGUUGCUGGAGGAGUCAAUUAUCAUCAAGUUAACACAUGCAAAGCUGAAUCCCAUCUUUAUUGCCAAGUCCAGUGCCACAGAGGACCAACAGGAAAGGCUGAGUGUCGAGAAAGAAUCUACCUUCGACUUCUCAACCUCCUCAUUUAAUGGUGUUAUGACUCCAAGACAAAAGUCAACAUCGGCCACCACAACCUGGGAGCCAAAGACCACCAGAUAGCUCUGGACCUUGCUGAACUUCCAGAAAGUUUGGUACUUUGCCUACAUUUUCUCCCGGAGGUGGCUUUCUCAGGCCCCACUGAGACAACAAUCUAUACUUGUGUGAAUAAAUGAGUGCCACACUAGCUAAUCCGCUGAGGCGUCUCUGUCUCCUCAUUCAUAGGUAUGUGCUCCUUCCCCUCAUCCUCAUGUCUUUGGUAACACUUAGAGGACUCUGCUAGAAUUCAAACACAGGCUGGGGAGCAUGUCAGGCUGUACUAUCUUCAGACACUCAGAAUUUAAAAAAAAAAAAUUGUAGCUAAGGUACUAUGGUUACAAUAGCAUUUAUUCCUUUUUGUUGUUGAAACUUUAAAUAGCACAAUUUACAAAGUUGUUCAUAAUACAGUUGUUUCAAGUAUUCAAUGUCCCAAUACCAAUUCCACCACCUUUCCUUCACCAAUGUCCCCAGUUCCCCACUUAUCCCCCCAAGUCUGCUCCCUGAGCAGGCACAAAAUAAUUGACUUUAUAUUGCUUGUUAUAAAAUAUUAUCUCACAAUGGUGUUACUAAAGUCAAAUUUUGUAUUUACUGUUUAGUAAGCUGUUUAGUGCUAGCUGAGUCAUACGUGGUACCACUUUCAGUCACUGAGCUUACUGGGCAUUCUGCACAACUUUUCCAUCUAAUCUUCUGGGCUCCAGUCAGUACUGUGAAGUUUGGAGAUGUUACAGUCUCACACUCCAGGAGCUGUGGAACUGGGAUCAUUUAGCAGUUUGGCAUCUCUUCGGAGAUUAAUCGAAUUGUGAAGCUAGGCCGCUUUCAUGCUGGAGGGUUAGGUGUGGGUGGGGUGCUCGGUCUCUUGGCAAGGUGGAGACUCAGCCUUCCCCCAUCCUUAGAAGGCUCCAGAGAUCUCAGCCUGGAAACUGGGUCACCAUGGACAACUCAGAGGCAACAUCUAUUCAAGAUUAGUUCCACGUUUCAUUUUUUUUUUAACCUUUUGUUUUGCUUAGGAUCACAUCUGCAGUACUUAAGGUUCACUUUUAGCUCUGAGAUCAGGGAUCACUCCUGGCAGGGCUUGGGAAACCAUGUGUAGUGCCAAGAACUGAAUCCAUGUCAACCACAUACAAGGCAAGCAUCCUACCUCUGGUCCCUCCAUCCCCAUUUCUUAACCAGUAAAUAAACAUGCUCAAUUCUUAUCCAUUACUGGCAACAUUCAGGGGUUACUCCUGGCUCUGUUCUCCAGAAUUACUCCUGGAAGACCAUAUGGGAUGCCAGGGAUCAAAUCCAAAUUGGCCAUAUACAAGGCAAAUACCUACUGUGGGCUAUCUCUCCAGAUAUUAUUCAGCUUAUUAAGAACUUUCCACAAACCUUUCCGCCGCUGCUGCCGCACGAGCAGGAUCGAGGAGGCCAAAUGAACUAUUUUGGACACCAGCAGCCCACUGAAAUGCCUCCAGACUGGGAACGAGCCUCUACCCCAGGCUGCGACAGCGGGGAAGGGUUUCUCUCUCCAGGCUUUUCCAUCACCACAAAGGGGAGUAAAAACUUGCAGUGAUGUAAUUUCUGGCAGAAUUUUCCCUGGACUUUAUACAGAAAUCCAAAACCUAAUAUCUCCUAAUUGUCAGCAAUAUGAAAUGGUUCUUUUUUAGCAGGUCGGACUUUGGGGGAAAAAUCCAAACAAUAAUGGUCUUUUAUUGAAAUAUUGAAGGUAAUCAAAGUAGCAGCCGUUUCUCUAGUCUGUGAACUAAGCCAUAACCCCACGCCGGCCGAGUUGAGGAAAUAUCCUUCUUUCUCAGAUCUCUUCCUUUCUCGGGUAGAAACGCGGCGUGGCAUCAGCCAUAUUAUGGUGUCUAUUAAGCAGGCACAAACUUGGUGGCGCGGGAAUGGGAAAAAUUAUGUACUUGGAACAGUGGGACACUUGGGCAGUCUCGGGCCGGGGCCGAUACCAGAGCACGCUACACUGAAAUUCCACCCAGGUAGCCACACUUUUGUGCGGCCACUUAGCUGUUGAUCUAACAGAAUUCAGAAACCAACUAGACUACUUUUGGUCCCAGAAACUGCUUACAGACAUGCUGCUAGACUGUCAACUAAGCCAUAGCCCCACGCCAGCUGAGGACAGGAAAUAUCCCUCUUUCUCGGUUUUUUUUCCCUUUGUCGGGUGGCGUGGCGUCAAUCAUAUUAUGAGGAUUACUAAGCAGGCACGAACUCGGUGGCGCGGGAAGGGGGGAAAAAAAAGUUAUGUACUUGUAACAGCGGGACUUAAUAUCUCUUCAUUCUCAGCAAUGGAAAACUAAUUAUCAAAUGCUUCCUUGGCAGUAGGACCGUCUUUUUUGGGGGAAACUCCAACAACAAUAGUGAGUUUUGUGUUGAAAUAUGGAAUGUAAUCAAGGUAAAGAGAAAACUAAGUGAAAUUUAUCAGUUACGCGGGCAGGGGCGCCGGGGGGGCGGGAGGUAUACUGGAGUUUUUGGUGGUGGAAUAUGGGCACUGAAGGGAAGGGUGUUUGAGUAUUGUAUAACUGAGACAUAAGUCUGAGAACUUUGUAACCUUCCACAUGGUGAUUCAAUAAAAUAAAUUUUUUAAAAAAGGAACUUUCACAAACCCAGAUGCCUGUUUAAUUACCUUAUCCAACCUCUAACCACCCUUCAUAAUCAAGAUUCUAAACCAGUUGCUACCAUAUCCAUUUUUACAAUUUCUGUUUACUUCACUACUCCAUUUCAAUUCUCUACCAAGGCAACGACUGGUACCCACCUCUCACAAACCAUCUGGCAUUACCAGGAGAAACAUUUUUUGGUUGUCACACUAGGGGGUGCUGCUUGGCAUCUCAUGGUCAUGAAUGCUACUAAACACUCUCUAAUGCAGAGCACACACACCAUCAACACAGAAUUAUCCAACAUAGUAUCCAGGCUUUAAAACAUUGUCCUAAGAUAACUACAGCCUCCAUUUUGCCAAAUACAAUUAUGCUGUCUUGAUAGUACUUGACCUGUCUUGAGCUCUUUGAUGCCAUUAGUUUUGCCCUCAGUAAUCUACUCAUCCCUGAGCCAGAGAGAGUACAGCAGGUAAGCCAUUUGCUUUGUACACAGCUGACCUGGGUUUAAUUCCCAAUGUCUCAUAUGGUCCUCCAAGUCCCACCAGGAGUGAUACCUGAGCAAAGAGCUAGGAGUAAGUCCUGAGCACUGCUGGGUGUGGCACACCCCAAAGCAAACAAUAAAAAAUACUCUUCCCUGAACCUAUUAUUGGCCAUUUCUGGCUUAUUAUGAUCCUAUUCUAUUGUCUCUUACAUCUUCAGUAUUUUUUCAGGAUUCUGUUCUAGAGUCUUCUUUUGUUGCACAUUGUCUAAUGACGUGAUAUGAUGUGAAAGUGACAGAGAGGCAGCAUUUUAGGUACAAGAUCUAAGACCUGGAAUAAGAGCAAGAGUGUCAGUAAGGGAGGAUUUGACCCAGUGUCAUUCACAGACUAUAUAGCAAGCAGACAGGCCCAUUGGGCAGUCAAUGAAAAAGCAUCGUGUCUAUCCCAUCUAGUAUGAAGGGCAGACCACAGAAUUUCCUGAGCCUUAUACAUUCUCUACCUCUUGAAAGAGAAAGGACUCUGAGAAAUAUCUGAAGAGAAUCAUAGAUUCUCAUUAUAAAUCUCUCGGAAGAGAGCAGCCAUGCCUCCAGAGCCCACGCCAGGCUUUCAUUCGGGGCAACCCGGAGUGGGGCAGGUGAAGCCCCUCCCCGCCCCAACAGAGCCAGCCCUGGCAGCCAAAAACCCCCAGAACUUAACCGCCACCAUGCUCACAGCCACUUUCCACACGCUCGGGUCAAGCCUCACCCAUGAGUGAACCUAUUCCUGGAUUGUGCAGCCGCAAAUGCAACAUCUCAUACCUCACACCACUAAUGUUCCAAGAGUAGCACACCACAUUUGAUGGGAUUUAAAGCAGAAGGCAACCAAUCUUAGGGAGAAAUAUA